CGUCUCUUUUGCAACAACAAUACUGUGCGGAGCGCAGAAGACAGCGGGGCUAUAACAGGGACGUGGUCGGGGAUGGAAGCGCCCUCUCAGCAUGCUGUUCUGUGACUUCUCACUGUGCCCAGGCUGCAGGACAGGACUCGCCCCUGACCCCGUGCAGGGCUGUAUAGACAGAGACUACAGAGGAGUCACUGGUCUGCCUGUCAUGACCGUGUGCCGACACAGAGAGUGACAGCAGCAGAGAGCCAGCCUGGAUCCUCCCCCCCCUGGCAGAGCUGCUGUGGUACCAGUCACAGGGUGGUCUAUAGAGGAGUGUCUGCAGCCAGCAGGUGGAAAUGCCUCACUGUUUUGCCUAUGGCUGCACCAACCAUAGUGGGAAACUUCCCUCGGCGGUCUCCAUGCACUCAUUUCCCAAGGAGCUGCCUCUUGCAGAAACCUGGGUACAUCAUAGCCGCACCGACGUGGGCGACAUUCAAGAGUUUGUACGAAACACCUUACUAAAGAACCCAGGGCACUUUGUUCUUUGCUCAGAGCACUUUGAGGAGGACAUGUUUGAGAUGAAUGGUGACUCCCUACUAAUUCCUUCUGGACCAAACUACAAACGACCAAGACAAAAACUAAAAGCGAACGCAGUUCCAACUCUUUUCUCCACUGGUGCUCCUAAGCUACGCAGACAAGCAGCUCAGCACUUGAAGAUUCAUGAAAGAAAGCAGCUAUUGGACAAUCUUCUUGAGCAACAGAAACGGCCCAGACUAGAAGAACAGACGACCGGUCCAUCCACAUCCCAGGAUUCUGCAGAGCAGGAUGAUGACUCUGUAAAUGAACGUCCAAGAAAGCUCCAGCUCUGGAGAAGACAACUACUUCCUCUGAAGUCCCAGUUUCUAAAGGACAGUUUCAGCCCUGUUCCCAGAGCCUUGCAGAGAAAGACUCCGGCCACUCUGAAUCGGAUAGCGGUGUAUUUCUCUGACGAGGAGUGGGAAAUGCUCGAGGAAUGGCAACGAGAACUCUACAAGAACAUGAUGAAGGAGAACUAUGAAGCUUUAAUAUCACUUGGAUACCCUACUGUCAAUCCAAACAUAUUAAUGAAGAUCAAACAGGAAGAAAUCAUGCGCUACACAGAUCAGUGUCCUCCAGAUGACUUGGAACAGCCAGACAGCCCCAUGGCAGACUAUACCAAUGAGGAGGAGGAUGCUCUUUCAAGGUUAAAAUAUGAAAAGGAUCAUUAUGUAAAGGUUGAUCUGCAAUCACAAGGAGAAAUGAAGGGGUACCUCAAUUCAUCAGACAACCUUCCUAUUGUCACAAGCAUCGAAGAAGAUCAUAUUGGCAAAUUGAACGGCCAGCAGGAGCCCCUUUCUAUGGCGUACACUCUUUCCCAGUGUUUUAAUGAUCGUAUAAAUGGUGAAUUAUAUCCAGCAUCUAAAUGGAAAGCAAUAAAUAUGUCACCCAAUGGUUUUCCUACACUCUGUUCCGACAAAAGAACUUUAAGCCCAAUCACGACCGUACAGCAGGUGGGCAGUGGACAGUAUACCUGGUGGUUGUGUGAAAAGAAUCUUUCAUGUACCGACUUGUCCUCCAAGCAGGGCAAGUCCAUGGAGCAGAGACCAUACAAGUGUUCAGAGUGCGAGAAGAGCUUCACCGUUAAAUCCAACCUGAUCAAGCAUCACCGUAUUCACACCGGGGAGAGGCCGUACAAGUGCACACUCUGCUCCAAAAGCUUCAGCCGCAACUCCCACUUGAUCACCCACCAGAGAACACACACAGGGGAGAGGCCUUAUAAGUGCAACGAGUGCGAGAAGAGCUUUAUCCAAAACUCUGUGCUGAUCCAACACCAACGGAUCCACACAGGAGAGCGGCCAUUCAAAUGUGACGAAUGCAAUAAGAGCUUCAGCCAGAAGUCGUGUCUCAUACGUCACCAAAGAACUCACUCCAGAUAAGGUUGUCGAAGGUGGACCAUAACAUACAGGGAUUUCUACGGAAAUGGGUCUUUAGGAAGUACCAAAGACCUAAGCCAAACCGUUUAUUUUUAUUUUUAUGGAUAACUAGCAAUAAAAAGGUCUGCAAUUUUUUUUAUUGGAUGCCAGACCGUUAACCAGUUGUGCAUCAUACCUGGCAUUUGGUGCGGCCGUUGGGUCCUACAUUUGAUCAACUUUGGUGCUGCCGCUUCAGAAACCUAUUUGAACACUAAGAGACUCUUAAAGGUAGUGGAGGUAUUGUAUAAGAUUAGAUAAAGGGUCUGCUUUAAAAAAAAAAAAAAUUAAAAAAUAAAGAAUCAUUUUCUCAGCUCUACUCCAGAGCUGCAAAACCAGGCAUGGACUAUGGACAAGAGGGGAGCUUUUAUAGGGAAAAAAUGCAGAUCCUUUAUUUCUAAUACCUUUAAAUUUUUUAAGGAAUGUUUGUUUUCCAACGGGUAAUACUUGAAAAAUAUUUAAAGGGUUGUCCAGGUUAUGGAUAUUGAUGACCUAUCCUCAGGUCGGACACCUGCAGCCCCCACCGAUCAGCUGUUUCAGGCAGGCACAUCACCAGAAACUAUACAGUGCUUGGUACACUGCGUAGUUUCUUUUGAAUGAGAAAUGAGCUGCAGUACCUCAGCAUGGCCACUAGACUGUGUACGGAGCUGAGUAUAUUUCCUGUGCCGCAGGCGCCUGCAACAGCUGAUUGUGGCUGUGCAGGGUGUCAGACCCCCACCAAUCCUGAGGAUAGGUCAUCAAUGUCUGUAGCCCGGACAACCCCUUUUAAUGUUUUUUAAAAAGAAAAAGACCUCUACAUCUCAAAUCUGUCAAUCGUAUGACAAGAGCACUUAGUACUUUUUUUUUUUUUUUGUCAAACACUAAGCACUAUGCAAUCGCCUUACUGUGAUUUGCAUAUGGGAGCAUGUAUAGGACCUCUAAAAUAGAGGAACACGUUUUAUGGAUCGAGACCAAACGUGGACAACCAGCGUCUGUUUUUGACCUCCGCUAAUAGAUAUGCAAUACUUUCAAUCACUGACCGUUUUUUUUGUUGAUAAUCUGACGCUGAAACAUUGUGUUCCAGCAUAAAAAAAAAAAACAAAGGUUGGGAAUGACUGCUUUCAACCAAAAAAAAAAAAAAAGAUACAUAUUUAAAAAGUUGUCUAAUGUAGCUCUUAUAUGCAAUUCAAGAAGCCAGACUCUAGAAAAAGUUGCUAGCUCACUGAGAGUAUUUUUUUAUUAUUACGGAUUACUCCUCCUGCCGGAGGUUGACAAGGAAAGUGUUCUCGCUUUUUGUAAGUUGAAGUUUUCAUCGUUGUUGUUUUUUUUUGUUUUUGUUUUUUGUUUGUAUCAAAAAAAAUGUUUUAACAAAUUGUGUUUUUAGAAGCGCAGCUUUACUAGUAUUCUUUGACAAAUGCAGAGUAAUUAUACUUGCAGGAUCCUGAUACCAGCAGCUAUAUGGAAUAUUCUGCAUAUAAAAAGUAUUACAAAAUAAUAAUAAAAAUAAGGUAAGGUUGGUGGCUAACGGGCACUUGUGGCCUUUCAAAAUGGACAGUGUUAUGACUGAACGUGCACUACGCAGGUGUUUUUUGUUUUACUGAGGAGGUAGAAGAUACAAGAAUCUUGUAUACUGUAUUCAAUUUUAGCUCAUGUUUUUAUGAAAGCGGUACUUUUCUGGAUUCUUGCAGAAAGCAGUGAUGUCAUCUCGUAUGUGGGCCUCUUCAGU